UGAGCAAUGGGUGGACAAUUGAAGCAGUAGUUUAAUUUUAUUACUUUCACUUGAAGGGUUCCCAUUGUUAAAAAAAUAAAAAAGACAAUAUAUUCCCAAAUAAUCUUAAAAUUAAUUUCUUUUUCUAAAAUUAAUAUAAUUUCUAAAAAUAAUAUAUAAAUAAGUUAAAAAAGAAAAAGCUGGCGAGAGAGGUUCAUAUGGGCCCAUAAUACAAACAAACCCAGAGGCUGAGGGAGGGCUGCACACCUUCCCACCCGUCUCCACCGCUUACAACUACUGCACAUCAGAAAUCCAUUGAUUUUCUCUGUCUUUUAUUUUUUUAAUUAUUUAAAAAAAGGAAAAUAUUUAAUUAUAUUAUUAUAAAAAAUAAUAAAAAUGCAGUACGAGUAUUGGUGUUGAUGAUAACAAACACGAGACUCCUCCUUAAGAAAAGCCAACCCCCACGAGAAGGAGAAGAGUUGAGAAAAGCAAAGGCCAACAACAAAGAAAGAAAGAGCAGAAUAAGGUGUCUCUCUCUUGUACUGAUUCGUUUUAAUCGCAUCUCUCUCUCCUUCGACUCCUAUUCCCUAAUAUCCUCUCUCUUCGCUUUCCCCUCCCCAUAUAUAUAAUGCAAACAUACAAACAACAGCAAAGCAAAAGCAUAUAUAUAGGAAAGGAAAGUGGGUGAUGAGAAGAAGUGUUAUGGUGGUGGUGGUAGCAUUAGUGUUGGAUUUGUUUGUGGUGGCCUUUCAAUAGACAUAAUUCCAUUCCUUUGAUUCUCUUUCUUUAAAUUCUCUCUCUUAUUUUUUUUCUUUAUAUUUAUAAGAAUAAUUAGGAGAAGAGGAGAAGAAUAGUUUGGGAGUAAGAAGUAGCUGUCUAUCUCAUUCUUUUACCUGUCAUUGAAGAGUCCGCCUUGGCUUGGGGGGCAUCAACUUUUCAUGCUUCUUAUGUGUUAGCGUUAUUGCUGCCUUUCACAUUGCUCCAUAACUUCAUUUACCAUUCCCUUUCCUUCCUUCCUUCCUUCCCUCUUAUUUGUUCUCCUUACCCCAAUACACAUACGCACCGAAGUUUCAUUUUUCUAUCUCUCUGUCUCUCUGUUUCUCUCAAUCCUUCCAUAUAUCGAUCAAUGGCUGUGCAAGCUCAAUACCCUUCAAAUAUCCUCCUUCUAAACAGAAACGGGCAAGAGGGUCAUGAUUACUCAUUGCAACCCCAACCAGGAGGAUUUCUUGAUCAAUCCCAUAUGCUAUUCACCAAUGGAGGGACUAAUAAUCCACGAAAGAGAGGAAGAGAAGUGGCAUCAGCAGCGGCGGCGGCGGCAGCAAUUACAACGACCACUGGUGGCAUCACAACAGGGCCAACAAUCCAUCCAUUCUCUAUGCAAUCUCAAGCUCCUCAGCUAAUAGACCUCUCCCAUCUCCACAACCAGCAGCACCUAUCCCAACCAAAUGUUGUCUCCACGGGCCUCCGUUUAUCUUUCGGCGACCAACAACAAAUGCAACAAAACCACCAUUAUCAGCAGCAGCAACAGCAGCAACAACAGCAACAGAGUUUUGUAUCCCAAUCAUCUCCUUUCUUGUGCUUAUUAUCAGAAGAUUUUGCCACCCAAAUUAAACGCCAAAGAGAUGAGAUAGACCAAUUCCUUCAAGCUCAGGGAGAGCAUUUGAGGCGCACAUUAGCCGAUAAGAGGAAGAGGCACUAUCGUGCGCUGCUGAGCGUAGCGGAGGAAUCAAUAACCAGGCGAUUGAAGGAGAAAGAAGCCGAAGUCGAAAAAGCCACUCGACGUAACGCAGAAUUAGAGGCACGCGCCGCCCAACUCAGCGUGGAGGCACAGGUUUGGCAGGCAAAGGCUAGGGCACAAGAGGCUACGGCUGCAUCGCUGCAGGCGCAACUGCAGCAGGCGAUAAUGAGCGGAGGAAUGGUGACGCAGGAUAACAGGAGAGGGGACGAAGGCGGGAUAGGAUGCUCUGGGGGAGUAGAUGGACAAGCGGAGGAUGCGGAGUCAGCGUACGUUGAUCCGGAGCGGGUAACGGUGACGGCUGGUCCAAGUUGCAAGCGUUGUCGGAAACGGGCGGCGACUGUGGUGGUGCUGCCGUGUCGGCAUCUGUGUCUCUGUACAGAAUGUGACCAAGCGGCACAAGCUUGCCCACUUUGUCUCCAAGUAAGAAAUUCCAGUGUUGAGGUUUUUCUGUAUUAGAACCCAAUCUGAAUGAGUAGGCUUAGGCCCAUGAAUCGGCUCAGCCCAUUUCAGAUUGAAAGGUUUUAGAAGGGAAAGAAAAAAAAAAGGAAAAAAUUGAAAAAAAAUAAAUAAAUAAUGCUGAUUAAAAUAAAAUUACAAUUUCUUUUUUUUUAUUAUUAUUUUUUGGUUUAAAUAUGAGCUCAAAGGCUUUUUUUUUUUUUUAAUCCUUUUUGGUUGCCCCUCUUGUAGUGAAGUACCUAGAGGUAAUGUACAUGGCCGCAUGGAUGGUGGCAUUUUUUUUAUUUAAUUCAUAUAUAAAUUCUUUUAUUUUUAUGUCA